UCUGCACCCCACUCUGCUCCCAACUCUGCACCCCCCUCUACUCUCCACUCUGCACCCCACUCUGCUCCCCACUCUGCACCCCACUCUGCUCCCAACUCUGCACCCCACUCUGCUACCCACUGGAUUUUGGGGUCCUGGAUGGAUUAAGGCUACUGCUGCCCCUUGAGUUUCGGGGUUCUGGCUGCAUUAAAGACGCUGCUCCCCCCUGACAUUGGGGUGUCCAGCUGGUUUAGGGGUUCUGCUCACCUCCCCAUUGUCUUGGGCCACUGUAUUGGGGUCACUUAGGAGCUGCACCCCUCUCUCCUCCCCAUGGAUCUCUGGACACUUUUCCUCUGGCUCCCCCUCUCACUGGCUCUAGAAGUCAACCUCAUGAACACCAAGCUGGAGACCUCAGAUCUUAAAUGGACAAGUUAUCCCAAAGUGGACGGACAGUGGGACGAGAUGUCUGGCCUGGAUGACGAGGGAACACCAGUUCGCACGUAUGAGAUCUGCAAUGCCCAUCUUUCCAAUCAGAACAACUGGCUUCGGACCAAUUACAUCCAACGUGGCUUGGCCAGCAAUGCGUACGUGGAAAUCACAUUUACUAUGCUGGAGUGCUCCUUCCUAUCACGGGCCGGUCGCUCUUGCAAGGAAACCUUUAACCUCUACUAUUACCAAGCUAACCAUGACUUGGCCAAUGACCAUUUCCCUCCUUGGAUGGAGAACCCUUGGGUUAGAGUUGACACUGUAGCAGCUGAUUUUUUGGGCCGACCUAAUAGAAGAGUAAGUUCAGGUUCCACUAGGAUAAAUGUGAAGACCCUUCGAAUAGGGCCCCUGACAGGCGAUGGCUUCUACUUGGCUUUCCAGGACCAAGGGGCAUGCAUGGCACUAUUGGCCGUCCGUGUCUUCUAUAGGGUUUGCCCAGCUGUGGUGGCAUCCUUGGCAAGCUUCCCAAAGACUGUCUCUGAGGGACUGGUGGUAUCAGCUGAAGGCAGCUGUGUUGAGGGGGCAGAGGGGCCACAGGGAAGACGGCCAACCAUGUACUGCAGAGAAGAUGGAGAAUGGGCAAAGCCGGCUGUAGGGGAGUGCGCUUGUGUGGCUGGACGGGAGGAGAAGGAUGGACGCACCAAGUGCGCAGCUUGUGUCCCUGGAUACUUUAAAGCCUCCGUGGGAGAGAAGCCCUGCCAGCCUUGUCCUGCCAACAGCCUUUCUACUGGCCCUGGGGCAACUGUGUGUGCUUGCAAGCCAGGGUAUUACAGAGCCUCGACGGACCCCCCAACAGCAGCCUGCAGCACUCCCCCUUCAGCUCCACGCAGUAUUGUUGCCCGGGUGAACGGAUCAAUGGUAGACCUAGAAUGGAGCGAACCACUUGACGCUGGUGGGAGAGGGGACCUGUACUAUGAAGUUCAGUGUAUGGAAUGUGCUGGGCCCUGCAUUCCCUGCUCCCGGUUAAACUACAGUCCCCGGCCUCAGCGAUUGGAAGAUCGCAGACUCCGCGUGUCUGGGCUCCGCCCCCGAGUAACCUACAACUUCCGCGUGUUGGCUUUAAAUGGCGUGUCUGAGCGAAGCAGCGGGGCAGUGGGGGAGGAAGUAAAUGUGACCACUGACCGUGAUGUUCCCCUCCCAGUUAGUGGUAUACAACAAAUGGCCGCAACAGAAACGACACUCACCCUCCGCUGGGCCACCCCUCUGCACUCAGCACCCACCAAAGGCAACAUUCUGGAUUAUGAAGUCAAAUACUAUGAGAAGGACCAGGAGAAGCCCCUGAUAAUGUUUCUGAAGACCCCAAGCAAUGAGGCUCGUCUGCUUGAGCUCCACGCUGGCACCGUGUAUGUGGUACAAGUCAGGGCAAGGACAGAGGCCGGGUAUGGGGCAUUCAGCGGGGACACUUUAUUCCAGACCCUGACACAAGACCCAGAGAAGCCACACCCACAGGUGGCAUUAAUAGCUGGCACCGCUGGGGUGGGCACAUUACUAAUAUUAGCAGUCAUCAUCACUGCGGUGGUGUGUAUCAGAAAGCACGGGAGCACCAACGAGCCCGAGUAUUGUGACAAACCUGGCCAGUACCUCAUUGGUCACAACUCCAAGGUGUACAUCGACCCUUUCACCUAUGAGGAUCCCAAUGAAGCAGUGAGGGAGUUUGCUAAGGAGAUUGACGUGUCCUGUGUAAAGAUCGAGGAGGUGAUUGGAGCAGGGGAAUUUGGGGAGGUGUGCCGGGGGCGCCUGAAGGUUCCAGGAAAGAAAGAGAAUUACGUGGCCAUCAAAACACUGAAAGGGGGGUACACGGAGCGCCAACGCAAGGAAUUCCUUAGUGAGGCCAGCAUCAUGGGCCAGUUCAACCACCCCAAUAUUAUUCACCUGGAGGGGGUCAUCACCAACAACUGCCCCGUCAUGAUCAUCACUGAGUAUAUGGAGAACGGGGCCCUGGACUCAUUCCUGCGACAAAACGACGGGCAGUUCACGCCUAUCCAGCUGGUGGGGAUGCUCCGAGGAAUUGCGUCCGGCAUGCGCUACCUGUCAGAGAUGAGUUUUGUGCACCGGGAUCUGGCCGCCAGGAAUAUACUAGUGAACAGUAACCUGGUGUGUAAAGUGUCCGACUUUGGCCUCUCCCGGUUCCUGCAGGAGGGAUCUACUGACCCAACAUACACCUCUUGUCUGGGAGGGAAGAUCCCGAUCCGAUGGACUGCCCCAGAAGCCAUUGCUUUCCGCAAGUUUACAUCAGCCAGCGAUGUCUGGGGCUACGGAAUAGUCAUGUGGGAAGUUAUGUCCUUCGGAGAGCGACCCUACUGGGAUAUGUCCAAUCAGGAUGUGAUUAAUGCCAUAGAGCAAGACUACCGACUCCCUGCACCCCCAGAUUGUCCCACCGCCCUCCACCAACUCAUGCUGGACUGUUGGCAGCGGGACCGGGCAUUACGGCCUCGCUUCGCUGACAUUGUGAGCUCUUUGGACAAGCUGAUCCGCAACCCUGCAAGUCUAAAAAUCACCACACGAGAGCAGCUGGGGACGUCUCAGCCCCUGUUGGAUCAGCGCACCCCCCAUUAUUCCUCCUUCUCGUCGGUCAGUGAGUGGCUCCAUGCCAUAAAGAUGGGGCGCUACGAGGACGGGUUCAGGAACGCCGGAUUCACCACAUUCAGCCGAGUGCAGAACAUCAGCACUGAAGAUCUCCUCAGGAUGGGGGUGACACUCGCCGGUCACCAGAAAAAAAUCCUCUCCAGCCUCCAGCAGAUCCUCCCCAGUGAGAAGAGCACCCCAAUCCCAGAUCACUGCUACUGACUCCGCCCUGUGCUCCGCCAUCUUGAACUUGACAUGAUGUCACAUAAAGAAAGAAGCUGAUUGGCUGACGCACAAGGACAUUUUCACUGCUGCUGGUGGACUGAUGCAAUUUAUAUAAAUAAUCAGCAAACUUGGGGUGAAGCCGAUUAAUCCCCCAUCUCGGUGCCUCCCGUGUAUGCAGUGGGGCUUAUUCAUUAAGCAGUGCCACAUCAGGACCCCCGGGGGCCAGGAAAGGAAGGAGAAAGCAAAAGGACUUUCCAGCUGCUGCAGUGCAUUGUGGGUGCAUUAUAGUGGGGUGUCACUGUGUACCCUAUCUAUGCACAAUGUAGCACAGUCAAUGGGUGGAGCUUCUGUCCAAUCAGGGAAUCUGAAUGAAAUGUUGCAGUUUGUUUCCUCCAAUCAUGACUGGACUGAUCUGAAGUGUAGGACUGCGCCUCUGGUCCCGGCCACGUGUCCAGUCUGUGUGUGUAUAUAUAUAUAUACUCACAGUCACAUGACUCCUCCCUUCAUUUUUAUAUUAAAUUAUUUCAUAAUAAAAGAAUAAAAGUUGUA